UUCCCAUUUUUAUUUGUACGAAGGUAUUCGAAAGCAGAUCCCGGGAAGUGCUAAAAGCGGGGAUCUGCUGGAGGGUGGGUGAGGGGAAGAACAUCCGAGUAAGAUAUGAUCCAUGGUUGCCUAUUCCAAGAACUUUUAUGCCUCUAGGACAAUACUUGGGUCGGGUCUGUUGGGUGCAAUAGACAUUUUAGAGAGAGAGGUUUAAAACCCUACAGAGACAGGAGGUAGGGUUGGUGGUCUCCGGUCCGGUUGAAUCAAAAUGGCGCGGACCUCGUCAUCGAAGAAGCGGAAACACGAAGAUGAUGAAGGGGCAGAGGCAGAGGCAGAACCUGAGGUCGCGCAGCGGAAGAGGCUCAAAGCCCUCGCCUUCUCCAACAACCAGCUCUCAGAGAUCCCUGCAAAGCCCCGCGCGCCUCUCACACCUUCAAACGGUGUCCUUAAGCAGCAUGGCAAGGACAUUGUGAAGAAAUCUCAGCGGAAGAACAAGUUCCUCUUCUCCUUCCCUGGCCUCCUUGCCCCCAUUGGAGGUGGUAAGAUCGGCGACCUCAAGGAUUUGGACACCAAGAACCCCGUCCUCUACCUCCAAUUCCCUCUGGGUCAGAUGAAGUUGUUUGGGACUCUUGUGUUCCCCAAGAACAGGUAUCUGACAAUGCAGUUCCCCAAGGGUGGAAAGAGUGUCAUGUGCGAGGACUACUUCGAUAAUAUGAUUGUAUUUUCCGAUGCUUGGUGGAUUGGGACAAAAGAUGAGAAUCCCGAGGAAGCCCAACUUGAUUUUCCUAAGGAAUUGACUGAGGGACAACACUCUGAGUUCGACUUUCAAGGUGGCGCAGGUUCAACAUCUGCCAAAAAGCAAAGUGAUAGUAAAAAUGAAACUACAUAUGUUGAAGAGUAUUCCCCACAUAACAAGGUUGAAGAUAAUUUAUCAGAUGAAGAAAACAAUGAAUUAAUGAAGGCAACACCAGUUCGACAUUCAGCAAGAACUGCAGGAAAAAAAUUCAAGUUUGGAGAAGCUUCUUCUGGAGAUGAUUCUGCUGAAAGUGAUACCCCCUCAGCUGAAGGAGAAGAUAAAAAAGUUGGAAGACUUGAUUCUUCAUCUGGGAAGCACAGUAGUGGAAAGACUGACAAUCUCAGCUUUGGAGAUGCAGACAUUGAUAAUGAGGAUCGUAUGAAAGGAGCUCAAACUCCCAAGCAAAAUGAAGAUUCCUCUCUGUCCGAAGCUAAAUCAAAGAAAGAGUCACAUUCUGCCUUUGCUGGGACUACAUCUAAAGAGGACUCUCAUAGCAAUCAUGGUUCGCUCAUUCAAACUACUAUAUCUACAUUGUUUAAGAAAGUGGAGAAGAAGAAAGUGGACUCCAGCAUGCAAAGUCAAGUACAGCUUCCCUCUUCACAGGUUCAUAAAACACCAAAAGGCCCAAGGAAACGUGCAUCUCCCAAAGAUUCUGGCCAGAAGCCGCACCAAACUGAUUCAAGGAAGAAGGUUAAUCUGGAUGCAGGACCCAGGAAAAAGGCAAAAACUGCCAAGGAAAAGGAUGCGGGAGGCAAAAGCCUGGCAAAGAAGAAAAAAAAUGAGGUUGAAGAGGAUGAUAUUGAAGAAAGCACCUCAGAAUCGCAGGAUACGGAUCUUAGUGAUGAAGAUUGGGCUGCUUGAGGUCAGUGGUCUCACAAAUUGACACGUUGCCAUGUAUUGCAAUUUUCACUCGCAUCAAACAUUAUUAUUUUGAUGUAGCGUCGUCACUUUUAAGUAGAGUGUUCUUGAUGAUUUGGAUAGGCCUUGCCUUAUAUUGGGGAAAGUUGAAGCAUUGGCUUCUGGACGUGGGUCCAAUUCCGAGUUGUGGUUCAGGAACUAAAAUUAAGGGAUCAUUGCUCCAUGUAAUCAUAAGUUGAGCAUUAAAGUAAAGAAAACUAGACAAGGCAUUUGAAA